AUUAUUAAUUAUUAAUUAUUUUAUUUUUAGUUUAACACACAAUUCUAUAAUAACCAUUAUAUUAAAAUUUAAGAUAUAAGUCGAGUAUAAAUCGUUGUUUCAUGUUAAAAGUGUAUAUAGCCACAACGUUUGUUCUAUAUAAUGUCUAUCAUAUCGUUUAAAGGAUUUAGUUAUGCUGGUAAAAUUGUUAAAGUACCGAUUAUUCAGUGUUUUUUGGCACGAAAUGCAUCCAUCAAAAAUGAAGUCCAAGAUGUUGAUAUUGUAACAACUACUGUGGAAAAUACUUUGUCAGAAAAGGAAGUGAAAGCAAUUUGUGACAAAUCUCGCUUGAACCGUGGACAUCGCAACUUGGUAAAUGGUCGAUUACCUUAUGAUGAGCCUGUGCAUAGAUACCAUAAUACAGUAAAAUAUAAAAGAAGAAUGUAUGGCCGGUAUGGUGAUGUCAGUAAUGUUUAUCCAGGCUUGGCAUGGCCAACAGCUGAAGACUUGGAGGAUAUAAGAGAGUAUGAAAGUUUAGCCUAUCCAUUCACCAUUCAAGAAAUGCAACAAAAUGCAAUGAAGAUUAUAGAAUGUGAACGUCAAGAAAUUCAAUUGAAUCAGCAAAAAAUUGAUAACAAUAUGAAAAAAUUAAAUGGUUGGUUAAAUGAAGUCAAAGAAAAGGCAACAAAAAAAUUACUAGAGGCACAACAAGCUAAAGAAAAGAAAGAAAAACUCAUUGAAGAAGUGAAAAAACAUUUUGGGUAUAAGAUAGAUCCAAAAGAUGAUAGAUUUAAAGAAAUGCUGGUCAAAAGGGAAAAAGAAGAGAAGAAGAAAGUCAGAGAAGAAAAGAAAAAAAUCCGCGAAGAAAAACUUCUAAAUUAUUUAGACUCAAAAGGAAAAUAA